AUGGAUCCGCAGCCUCCGUUGCCCGACAGAUCUGGUGGCAAGGCCCCAGUGGGCCAAGGGGUGUCCUCUCCCAAAGACUCAUCCCACGAUGUCACCAGGCUGCCUUCGGCCUGUGAUAUCCUGCAGCCUUUGUCUCAGCUGGCACCUUUGCCCUCGAGUGGCUAUCUCGCCGCCAUGCUAGGCCGAGAGCGGGGGCCCAAGGACCAGCAAUCAUAUCCGCAAGACCAGAGUUUUCCGUCUUCAGCUGCUUAUAUGGCCUCGCCCAGCGCUAGCUCCGGUGAUAGUCGUCCGACUACGUCGCAUACGAGUGACAGCUAUCGCUCUGGUUCGCUCUCCGAGGGAUCUGAUGCGUCGCGCCGGGGAUCCGAAGAUCCGCAGCACAUUACACUCUCACCGACAGGGUGGCGUACAGAAGGCAAUCCCGAGGAUUUUGACGGCCUGACAGAUCUAGACAGAUCUCACUCAGUCCAAAAGCGGAGCCAGGUCGUUCAGCAGCUCUAUGAUGUGGACGAGGAAGGCGUCCGGACUUGGAGACGGCUCAUGGUCGAAUAUCGCUAG